CCGUACUAGCCCUCUGCCUGAUCACAGGGCUGAUGCUCUUGUACGGCUACACCCGGACCUCUCCAUGGAGGUUUGACCUUCUGAUUGGACAGACCAUCCCGCCGCGUGUGAGUCGACCAUGGUACAUGGAUGUGGGUCCAGACGAUUGUGGAUCUUGGAAUUCGACUUGGGCCGAGGUGGACGACCCGCUCGGGUGCAGCCGAGCGAAGCGAUACAGACAAGUGGAAAAGGUUUUGAAGCGAGAACAAGAGGGAGGACACCCUCUUGGACAUUUACACACUCCCACAACAUUCACGCUCUCCAGUCCCUCCUCUCUUGUUACCUUCCUCUGUCUGAUCCAGCCCACGUCGAUUGUCCGCCCAGACCCCUCAUCAUCGCUGGUUGGUGGUACACCGCUUUGGUCCUUGAGCACGCUACCACAGGCGAAACGAUAUGGAUGACGAGUCUCGUAGAAAUGCUGGACGAACUGAGAUUUUUUUGGAUCGCCGUGGGACCUUAUGAGAAUUGGAUAGAGGUCGUGGAGAUGGUGCCUGAUAUCUACCGAUCAAUUUGGGUUGCCGAUGUCGAAAUCGUUUCCUGCGUGACGGAUCCACGAUGCAUAGCGGCGGCGGAUUACACACCGCCAAUCGGCGAAGAGAAUCUCUCGAGAGUAAUACCAGAUGAAGACCGUGGAAGCAUUCCCAUCUGGGCUCUGACUGUCGUUGAUUAUUGGGGAGCAAGACCGCUGGAGAUCGCCAAUAAUGACUACUGGUGGGGAUUGACGGAAUACGGAGACUGGACGUAUCAUCCACUAGGUCAGCAGUGGAUAGCGACCCCCUGGCCUCAGCCUGGACAUACGCAUCUGCCCUAUUCCAUCGAAAAGUCAUGCCUUGCCCUGUCCCAUAUCCCGCAACAAGAUCGGAACGACUCGAUACUCAUCUAUGCCAAGCGGUCAAGAUAUUUCGACUUCCACUAUGUGUCCCCGAGAUCGUUCUGGACGCAAUUGGCAGCUGAGAAGCUCAAUCCUAGAGUCACAAUCCUGACGACAGCUCGAGAGGAGCCCGAUCAUCAGCUCCCUGAUGGUCUCGUUGUACUCCCGCGACAGACUCGAACCGACUACGAGCAUCUGGUAGGCAACGUCAAGGCGAUCCUCGGAAUCGGCGCGCCAUCACAAAGUCCAAGUGUGUACACUGCAUUGUGCCAAGGAACCCCCGUUAUCGUCCCUUAUUUUGAGAAAAACAUGCGGCAGGAUGGAUGGUACCGGUACUCCGGGACCGCUCAACACGGUCCGGCAGCAUCCAUUGGGGAACCAUAUGUCUACACCUAUUACGCCCAAAAUUACGAUUCCUUAUUGGCAGCGGUUCAGAAAGCCGUGACGACCCCGAUUCAACGAUACAUCCCUCCUGAUAUGCGAUAUGAUUACGCACUGACGAAAAUGAAGGAGUUCUUGGAUCGAGAUACGCAGGGAGACUACGAGAGGAUAGUCCGGCGGCGAGGUGGCGUGCCACCUUUACAAGCUGGCUUGAGAGAAAGAUGUUAUGAGCUUGGAAGGUGUCGACCAACUUUGCCACCCGGUCAACGGUCGAGAGUCCUUUGAGCUUCGAGGGCGGAUCAUCGCUGCGACCGAAGAACUGUCAGGCGGAGACGGAAAUACGACAGCGCCAAAUUGUGUUUCAUCGAUCUCGGCGCGAAUCGCUAAUCCAUGCAAAACGUUUUGAUUAUAGUAUACCUAGACGGCAAACAAGCUAGCAUCCUCCCUUGUCCCCGCCAGAUCGAUCUCCCCGCUACAUGCAGUCUUAUGACGCCUUCCUCCCCUCUCCCAACAAGACCUCCUCUGUCGGUUCUCCGCCAAG